UGUACAUACUAUUAAUCCCAGAAGGUAAAGGAAAGAUGUUAAGCAGGUGAUGUGACAUUCAUUAUUAUUAUUUUUGCAGCUGUGGUUUAAUAUUCCAAAAUGAUUUUUUUCUUCAAAAAGACGACAGCACUUUAGUAGCUGCCUUGACCUCCAUGAUGUCAGAAUGUCAUUGUGCAACCGUAGCUAAGAAAAGCCUCUGAGAAAAAACAAAGGAGCUUUGCAUCUCCCACUAACAUGAGAUGUGCAUAUACAGAAAGCACAGCAAAUGCAUCCAGGAUCUAAUAUGUGCUGUGUGAAAUCUUUCUUCGUCAAGAGGAUGUUACUGUAGUCAAUCCAGCCUUUCUCCAAUAAGCAAGAAGAUUAUUUUGUUUUCAUCGGCAGGCGGACUCGGCUAUUGCACAGACAGAUUUUGAUAAGAGUUUGAAAUGCCUACUACUGUAUCAUUGUAGAAUUUGGAGUUUGCUAACAGUGUUAGUGACUGGAGCUCAUCUUGCAUCACCAGUUGAUGACAAUUUUCUUUGUUCCCUCCCACCCAGUUGAACCAAGACUCUGUAGCUGAUAUGCAAUGUCACUUACAACAUUAAUCAGAUACUGCAUUUAAGUUUCGGAAAACCUUGGAUGAAGACUUUUUUUUCCCCCUACUCCUGCUUUCCCUACUGAUAAAUUCAGUUCUCCUGAUCAUGGUCUAUUCAAGCUGCUUCCCAUCUGAUUUUUGACAACUGCUUCUAAAAAAUUAUCGAGAAGACCGAGAAUUCAGUUUGUCUCCAUCGCUCUACAUAAAAAUGGCUGAGUGCAUUGCCAUGCUAACACUGCACUAAGUGGUACACGCAGGCUGACACACAGUAGCCACAGAGGUCACACAGUUGCUGAGAUGAUUUUGCUGAACAUACCUGUUGACACCACUUUAAAAAGACAGUAACAGACGAACAACCCGAUUCUAGGCGGAUGACAGUCAUGUCCCAUUCAAAGGAUUUCAAGGACGACUUUCACAGUGACACUGUACUUUCCAUUUUAAAUGAACAGCGCAUUCGGGGUAUUUUAUGUGAUGUCACCAUAAUUGUGGAAGAUACUAAAUUUAAAGCCCACAGUAAUGUGCUGGCAGCUUCAAGCCUUUAUUUUAAAAACAUCUUCUGGAGUCGUACUAUCUGUAUUUCAGGCCAUGUACUGGAGUUAGAUGAUCUCAAAGCUGAAGUGUUUACAGAAAUUCUUAAUUACAUCUACAGUUCUACAGUAGUUGUUAAAAGGCAGGAGACUGUAACAGACCUUGCAGCUGCAGGGAAAAAACUGGGAAUAUCAUUUCUAGAAGAUCUUACAGACGUUAAUUUUUCAAAUUCCCCCUGCCCCUAUGCAUACUGUAUUAAUGAAAAAGGAACUGUCAAGGAGGAAAAGCAUGAAAAGAGACAUGAAGACUCAGCUGUCACAAAUGGGCCACGAAUUACAAACGCAUUCUCAAUUUUUGAAACUGAAAAUAGUGUGUUUUCUCCACUUGAUUUGAGAGCAAGCUUUAAAAAGGUAUCUGAGACAAUACAAACACCUAACAUCAGCCUCGACAGAGGUGACAUUUGCAAAGAUGCUGAAUCAGCCAGUACAUUAGCUGAACACUCCUAUGCAGUUUCUUCAGGGGGAGAUGCUUUUCAAGGAACAUCUUUUUUUGAACAGGACAACAGCCCUUCAUAUAAGAUAGGCGAAGACCAUUAUGAAAAUCUCAAAGCUACACCACUCAUCCAGCCAGGAAAACAGACCUGUAGCACUCCUAAGACAGCCUUUAAGUCCCAGGGUGCUAGUUUGGCUAUAGCAAAAACGUCAGCCUCUACAGUAACCAAUACAGAAGUCCAACAUGAAGCUGUUACUGAUCAAACAAUUAUUUCUUUUCCAAAACCUCAGAAUAAAGCAGGAGAUUUCCACUUAUCCAGAGAAGAAGAAAACAAGUCUGCUAGCAUCCCUGUCUCUGUGGCAACUGUGGUUCCACCUGUUUACAACUGUAACUGUUGUACAAAAUCAUUCGACGAUAGAGCUUUACUCAGUACUCAUCUUCAGCUCCAUUCAGAGCAUCAGGAAACUUUCAUAUGCAAAUACUGCAGCAAACAAUUUGCAAAUCUAAAUAUACUGGAAGGUCAUGAACAAGUCUGUAUGAGAUCAAGUAGUUUAUCUGUUCACAACGGAAACGAACAAAAUUUUUCAGAUAACUAUACUGCUACAGACGGAAGGAAUGGAACUUCAUAUGCAAACACAGAGCCUCUAUUGUCUGAAAACAGCAUAACUGAUUAUUCUAAUGCAAACUGCACUUUACCAGAAACGGAUCAUUUAGUUAAAGUUGUUGAUGGGCAGAUAUUAUACACUUGUAUAGUUUGCAAGCGUAGCUAUGUAACAUUGUCUAGCCUUCGAAGACAUGCAAAUGUACAUUCAUGGAGAAGAACAUAUCCUUGCCACUACUGCAACAAAGUAUUUGCAUUAGCUGAAUAUCGCACCAGACAUGAAAUCUGGCACACAGGAGAAAGACGAUACCAGUGCAUUUUCUGUCUUGAGACUUUUAUGACUUAUUAUAUACUAAAAAAUCAUCAGAAAUCUUUCCAUGCAAUUGACCAUCGUCUCUCAGUAAACAAAAAAACAGCCAAUGGAGGCUUAAAACCAAGUAUGUAUCCAUAUAAACUUUAUCGACUUUUACCUAUGAAAUGCAGGCGACUACCUUAUAAGUCCUAUCGAAAUUCUUCAUAUGAAAAUGUUCAAACAAGCAGUCAGGUUAAUGAAUCUACUUCUAGUAACUGUUUCAUUCCCAGUUCUCUUAGUUCUGAGUUACCAUCACUGAAUUUUCAAAGUAAUAUAUUAACAAACAGCAGAACUCUUGCCUUGGAUACAUCUUCACGUAAUGAUACAGCAUCUUCUACAAAUACUCAGAAUUCUUCCUCCUGGGGAGUAGGUAUAUUAAAUUCUGACCUGCAAAGUGACUUUUUCACUGCAGAAAAAACAGUUUCCACUGUUGCAAAUGCUUCUGGUUCUCAGGAAUGUGAUUCCUCAAUUGUGUCUUUUACUAAUGUGAAGGAAAAUUCAACCUCUGUCAUCAGUUACAGCAGUUCUGCACCUUCUGUUAUAAUGCACAGUAGCAGAGUUUCAUCGGUAAUAAUGCAUAGUAAAGCAGUCACUUCUGUGGAAAAUAAUAAGGCAGAAUCUUCAAAUAACCUGUCUAGUCAAUCUGUAAGUGAUGAUUGUAAACAUGGGUCAGAUAAUUAUGGCAAAUGCAUUACUAAAUCAAAAACCAUUAAGGAGAAAAAGAAAACACUGCUGUACAACAAAGCAGAAGUGAGUGAGGAUUUGCAAUACAUCACAGGAGCUGGAGGUUCAUCUAGCAAAACAACAAAUACUGUUCAAGAGUCAAGUAAAACUGAAACAUACAUUGCAAAGCCUGCCCUACCUGGAACAUCUACCGACAGUAAUGUUGCUCCUCUUUGUCAAAUAACAGUAAAAAUUGGAAAUGAGGCUAUUGUGAAAAGGCAUAUUUUAGGAUCUAAACUGUUUUGUAAAAGGGGCCGAAAAUCUAAAUAUGAGUCUAAGCAGGACAAUCUAGUUGAGGAAUCGGAAAUGGAGAUAAAAGAAAGAAGCCCGUCUCAGCUCUACAGCUCAGAAUGCAUGGAGCUGACUGAAAUGUGUGAUGAUGUAAGUGAUCAGGAUUCCAGUGAUAAGCCCUGGAGACCUUAUUACAAUUACAAACCAAAAAAGAAAUCUAAACAGCUAAGAAAAAUGAAAAAGACCAAAUGGAGGAAAAAGCAUGGAAAUAAGAACACCAUUACGGAAAGUCACAACAUAUGCAGUCGAGAGUAUGCCCUCAGGAAUGCACCUGAGGAAAAGGGGAUCAGUCAAGAAGAAAACACAGAGAUGCCUAACCUUCAUUGUGAGCUCUGUGAAAGAGACAAAUCUUCCACUGCAGAAAGUCAAGAACACAUACACUGGCAUGUAGCUACUUCAAAGCCUUACAUUUGUGAAUUAUGCCAAAAACAAUUUCAAAGUCCAUCCACCUUAAAAAUGCAUAUGAGGUGUCACACUGGGGAAAAGCCCUACACCUGCAAAACCUGUGGUAAGUGUUUUUCAGUUCCUGGAAACCUACAGAAACAUGAACGUAUUCAUUUGGGUGUCAAAGACUUUGUUUGCCAGUACUGCAAUAAGGCAUUCACUUUAAAUGAAACACUUAAAAUACACGAAAGAAUUCACACUGGAGAAAAGCGCUACCACUGCCAGUUCUGCUUACAGAGCUUCUUGUAUCUUUCUACCAAAAGGAAUCAUGAGCAAAGGCAUGUACGUGAGCAUAAUGGAAAAGGAUAUGCUUGCUUUCAAUGCCCCAAAAUUUGCAAGACAGCAGCUGCUUUGGGAAUGCACCAGAAGAAACAUCUAUUCAAAAGUCCAGGUCCACAAGAUAGGAAAGAACAUUUUUGCAGUGAAAGUGCUAAACUUUUGGAAAAUCAACAUUUCCUUGGCUCAGAAGGGAAUGAAGUGAGAAAUAUACAAAAUAUAACUCCAGAAGUUAUACUCUGAGUGAUGGUUGUGCAAAAGAGGAGAAAAAUCCAAAUAUAUAUAUAUUGGACAAAAUGCAUUGAAUGGGGAAACUUCUCCACUCAAAUCAGUAUCAUUUACAAAAAUAAAGAUCAAAUUUCUUCAUCUAAGUGUAUGUCAAUAUAUGCAAAAGAAGAAGGGGAAAAAAUUACCGUAAAGAAAAACUAGUAUUUUGCAAUAAUACAAACUUAAUGUGAAAGAGAAUGAGAGCGUGACCCAAAAUACUUUUGCCACUAUAGACUUCUAAUAUAUACAUACAGAGAAAGAAGAAGAAGAAGAAGAAGAAGAAGAAAAAAAGACUGGUCAAACCCUACUCCUUAGCAUCACAAGAAACUAGCCACUGAACUAUUUCACAGUGCUGUUGUUGAGUCAGAAUCAUUCUGGACAUAAUAAAUAUGUAGGUUCAAAGUAUACUCUGUAGAAGGAGACUGUGCUGCAGAAACCAUAUAUUGCAUUUUUUAAACAAAAAAGUAAUGUGUUUAUAAACAAAAUAAUUGUGGUAUAGUGUAUUCUGAAGUGAAGGUGGGAAACGUUUCAUGAAUUUGAGUAUGCUGAAGUACAGUUGAGUUCUGGAAUGCUUUUCUGUAGCUCAGCAUUUACAAAACAUACAGGAGUAUAAAUUUCUUUACCUGUCCGUAUUCAAUUUUGCAAUUGCCGUGAUAAACAUUAAGUCUCUGAGUGCUAAUGUGGAAAGUAAUCCAGAUUUAUCAUAUCUCUGAGACAUUUAAUAAAGAUUCAGUGCAACUUAUAAUAGUCAGUCUUCCAAACUGCUUAAAUCCCAAAAGAGUCAACCAUCAAUGGCCUGUUAGGGCUAUUCAGGUGCAUCUGUCUGAAGAAAAUCCUCAUGCUCUGUUCCCAUAAUUAGAAAGUUAUGAAACUGCCCAGCUUAAAGAAAUCAUGUAUAUAAACUUCCACCUCCUGGUAAGCGAGCAGCUCCUGCCUUUUAGAAAAAUAAUUCUUUGCAGGAGAAGAGGUGGAGAUUUAGGCAGAGAAUCUCCCUCCUCCUCCUCUUGGAAUAAUUCCUGGACAGCAAAUGACAGAGCUACUCCCAAUAAAUUUGCUUUUGGGAGGAGUAGGCAAAUGCUCAUGUUCUUGCUUCCAUAUAUAUCCCUGAGGCAGUCCCUAAACAACUGGGGAUAGGGCCAGUUUGUGGGGUUCUUCAUCAUCCCCAUGCCUUAAACACAACAUCUAACCUUCCAUAUGUCCCUUCCCAGUGAUCCCUCUAAACAUGCCAGCAUCUCACCCUACUCAAGCUUCUGCGGGGAGUCCCUGGUCCCAGCACAGUGGACCCAUAGCAGAGAGGUGCCAGGCACCAGUUCCUAGAGGAAGAAGUGUUGGCCCCUUCACCUCUGUCACCCUGCCACACGUGAGGGUUAUGGCGAGCCUUAUGGUUCGAUGUGAUGCUAAGAAUCAGGAAAAAAAGGCUUCUGGAAGACAUCGCUAAAAUAAACCUUACAAUUAAUAUUGUUCUGUGAAAAUAUGAUUCAUUUUAAAUGAGAUGAAGUGAUUUGAAGAGACGAAGAAGGAUAUAUGCCUACGAGUUGCAUUUUAUAUGAUAGGGCUCUGUUGUACUGUAUCUGCAUUUCCCAUUAGUCAUGUACUUUGAUCUCUAUGAAGUGUUAAAAAAAUAAGUCAGGACAAAGGUUAGUGAACCUCAACUUCAUUCUAUGUGCAAAUAUGGUACACUUUGUUUACUUACUUUGUUUUCUUGAAUAUUUUAAAAGAAACUAUAGCUUGGGUACAAUAAAACUACAAGUGAAAAGAUAAUACAGUAUUGAUUUAAGUAAUAAUAUAGUCCACUUAUUUAUUCUAUCAUUGGUGAAUGCUGUGAACCCAGGAGAAAUUUUUGGUUUCAUGGCAGCUUUGGUUCCAUUUAAAUAA